UUAGUGGCGUCACAGUGUCUUGCAACAGGACUGGGAGCAUUUCGAUGCUCCACCCCUUUAAAUCCACCUGUUGUACCACCUGCAGCUUAACAGCGCUGACGGAUUUGAGGCUGGGACAACAGCAACAAUGGGAGGUUUCUACUCCAGUGAAAAGAUGGCAGGAGUUUUCUCCUAUGAGAGUUCAGAAAUCGACUGGUGUGAAGACAACUACAAACACUCUGAACAUGUAGUCGAGUACUUCAACACUAUGAGCAGCUUUGUUUUCUUCAUCAUAUCUCCCAUCAUGCUCUACCUUCUGCACCCUUACGCCAAAGAGAGGAACCUGGCGAUUCACUCGGUCUGGAUCAUGAUGAUAUUUGUAGGUGUCUUCUCUGCGUACUUCCACAUGACACUUAGUUUCGUUGGCCAGAUGUUGGAUGAGCUGUCUAUCCUGUGGGUGCUGGCGGUGGGAUAUGCGGUCUGGUUCCCCCGCAGGCUCUUCCCUUCUUUUAUAAAAGACAGGUCAACCUUUUCAAGCCUCGUCCUGGUGAUUACUGUCAUCACCACAGUGUCAUCAUUUGUCAAACCUACAGCCAAUGCCUACGCUUUAAACUGCUUUGGCCUCCAUAUGCUUUACACUCUGGCUGUUGAGAUGAGAUGCUGCACCGACCAGAAGGUUCUGCGACUGGCCAAACUGUCGGUGGCUCUGUGGGUCCUCGCCAUCUCAUGCUGGAUUAGUGACCGUUUUGGCUGCAGCUUCUGGCAGAGGCUAAACUUCUGCUACCUGCACGGUAUCUGGCACAUUCUGAUUGUGAUAGCUGUGGCCUAUGGCAGCACCCUGAUAGCUUACCUAGAUGCCAACUACGAGAUACCCUACUCUCUGCCUGGACUGCAGUACUGGCCGUGUGAUAAAUGGGCUGUUGGAUUACCUCACAUUGUUCUGAAGGGCACUACCAAAACACAGAAACGGUGCUAACAUAGUUAAAGUCACUUUUAACUUUGGCAGAACAUUUAUAUUAGUACACUCCAUUGGUACAGCAGUUCAUCAAUGGCAAGCCAUCAAAAUGAUUUCAUCUAGUGACCAUUACUCAGCCCCACCUUCUUACCAGAAAGACACAAUCCUUGAUCUAAAAGAGUCGCCUUGCCACAAAAAUGACUUGCUAUCACUAGACAACAACAAAAUGUAAGUUACGAUUGUUUUCUGAUCCUGUAAAAGGAUUGUUUACGCCAUGGAUGGAUUACAAAAUGGGCCCAAGGGGACAGGAGGCUCCUAAGGGUCAGGUUAUGCUUAAAUUAGUUUGUAUGACGUGUUGUCUGACCACGUCAGAAAUCAAAAGUAUUUAUAGUUGUUGAAAAGCCUGCUGUCAUCGAGAGCAGCAAGGCAGGAUUUCAUUUAAAUUAUGGCGCAUAUUUUCAGACAGGGAGGAGGAAUUAAUUCCUGGAAGACAUUCAUAGUGUUGCACUUGGUUGUUCACAUGAAAAGUAUUUGUGUCAAUAAGAGCUUGAGAGAGAAGUUUAAAGCCUGGCUCCUUUCUCACCGUGAUUGGCCACUCAAUGAAAUGAGUGUUACUAACAUUGAAAAGUCAAAGAGCUCAGUUGAGUUUAUUGUUUAGUUUAUUGCCAUCUGUACAGGAACUGCAGGAAUCUAUACAAUGAAAUUCUUGUACCAAAGCACUCUCAAUUUAAAAACACAAAAAAUAUUAAUAAACAAUACAGCAUAAGAUUAAAUAAAUAAAUAAUUCAAUAUAGACAAAAUGCCAGCCUGAGUCUAUCUAGAUAGAUAGAUAGAUAGAUAGAUAGAUAGAUAGAUAGAUAGAUAGAUAGAUAGAUAGAUAGAUAGGCACCCUGAAUGACUGAGAAAAUAAGAGAAAUUGUAUUUUUUGAUUUUGAGUUUGUAUUUGACAUGCAGCAUGUGUGUUUUUGUAUAUAUAAAUCAAUUGCUGUGAUUUAUUUUCAAGAUAUGAGUGCAACGUUUUAUUCUGUACUUGCCGGAAUAUAUUGAUGUACUGUAUGUUUUCUUAUGAUGAAACUGUCUAGGAAACAAUAACAACUGUCAUUCUUCAGUGUGACACUUUCUUUGAGUGAAGCACCACGGUGAAAUGUGUUUGCAUGGAGUUUAUACCUCAGCAUCUCCUCUGGCCUAGUUUGAGCUGUGUAAGCUGAAAUGAGUUUUGUCUCAUUUUGAAUGAAUACCAGCUAAGUAAGGUUAUAAUUAUCUCUGUAGUGACAUGUUAGAAUUAAAAGUGGAGUAGUUUGACAUUAGUUUAUACUAAGGACAUUUCUAACAUUUCAGUAACACAUAUCUAUCAAUAUCAGAUCAUCUGGUCUAUUUAUCAGGAAAAUGGUGAAAUAUGACUCUAAAGUGCAUUUGUAUGACUGACCACAACAAUCACAUGCAAAUCUAUUUUAUUUUGUGUGACUGAUUCAUCACUGAACUGUUAACUGUGUACAAAAAGUUCUUGAUUUUGGUGAUGUUUUGAGAAUAUUCAGGUAAAAUGUGGCUCCAUUCACAUGAUCUUUCCUGAAGGAUACAAUAGAUACAACAAUAGAUCUUUUACAAAAAAAAAAGCACACAGUCAUGCUCUGCACUUCAUUGUUCAAUAGUGACCCCAUGUGGGUGAAGCAACCAGUGCUUUUAUAAAUGUAGUCUUUGAUUAUUAACUGGUGACAGCCAGGUGAUAUGCCAAGAGCCAGGUAACAAAUGAAACAGAAUGUGUUGGCACUAAUUUCAAAUGUAAUGAAUCAAUUAUCUGCAUCUUUUCAGCGCCCUGUCUGGAUAUAUUAAAGUAAUAGUUUUACAGGAAACUGUUGGUUUGUGUGUCUGGAUCAAUGGUUCCCAACUUGUGGCUUGGGUUCCCUUGGGGGGUCCCCAAGUAAAAUCUGAGGAGUCACCAGAUCAAUUUUAGCCAUGCUAGUGGCAUGGCUGUAGGGAUGGCAAUUUCAGUCCACCACUUUGGUCCAGACUGAAAUAUCUCAACUACUAUCGGAUGAAUUGCCAUGAAGUUUUGUACAGACAUUCAGGGUGCCCUGACUUUUCCUCUAGCGCCACGAAGAGGUUCACAUUUGUGGUAUUGGGUGAAAUAUCAAAACAAUUGUUGGAUGGAUCGCCAUUAAAAUUUGGGACAGACAUUCAUGUCCCCCUCAGAAUGCAUUUUAAUCACUUUUGGUGAUCCUCUGACGCCACCAUCAGGUCAAAUUUACAUUUGUCCAAUACUUUUGUUUCUGACUAAAUACCUGACAAGCUAAUGACAUUCCCAUCAGCCUAAACUGAUGCUGAUUAGCAAAUGUUAGCAUGCUAACAAGCGAAACUAAAUCAGCAUGUUAGCAUUGUCAUUGUGAGCAUGUUAGCAUGCUUCCAUUAGCAUUGAGCUCAAAGCACAGCUGUACAGCUUCACAAAGCUGCUAGCAUGGCUGUAGACUCUUUUUUUAUUUGUUUUUUUCUUGUGAAAUACUGGACUCUUUCUCUUCAGGUCUCUAAAAAUCCUACAAACGAACAGACAUUGCUUCAUUUCAAGGGGUUACUAGCCAAAAAGGUUGGGAACCACUGCUGUAAUCAUUCAUAGAUAAAGAUAUGUUUUGUGCACAUUAUUUAUCCAAAUGUUUGUUUGGGUUUUACUGAAUGCCUUGCGAGUUAGGACCCAACUGUAUUUUUGUUUAUCAUGGAAGAAUGGUGAUGAUUUGUGUGGAUAUACAUUAUUUUCUUACAAGUUGGACUCGUUUUGAAAAAUAACUAACAAUAAAGCUCUGCUAUGUGCGUGAAA